CAUCUGUACGAUUCUCUCCGCUAGCGAAACACAGGGCGAUCGGCGGCACUGUCACUUUCAACAGACAGGGAAAUGUACUGACGGAAACGGGCUGUAGAGAUAGCGAUAAACCCCGAUUUUUUGCGACAGCGCUGCACCUAGCAUCAUUCCAACUUUGUGGAUUAUAUUGUUUUUAACAGAAAGAGCCGAAGAUGGAGGAGUCCAGUUCCCAAAAGCUGGUAUGGGACGGAGAUGCAAAGGCAGUCCAGCAGUGUUUAACGGAUAUUUUCACCAGCGUCUACACCACUUGUGACAUUCCAGAAAAUGCCAUUUUCGGACCUUGCGUUUUAAGCCACACUUCUUUGUACGACAGCAUCGCUUUUAUUGCUCUCAAAUCCACAGACAAGCGAACUGCGCCUUAUAUAUUCAGGGUGGACACAUCAGCGGCCAAUAGCUCCUCGGAGGGUUUGAUGUGGCUGCGGCUCGUCCAGUCUGCCAGGGACAAGGACGAGCAGAACCUGGAGGCCUACGUGAAGAACGGACAGCUGUUCUAUCGAUCUCUGAGGAGAAUCGAGAAGGACGAGGAGCUGCUGGUGUGGUACGGGAAAGACCUGAUCGAGCUGCUACUUCUCAGUUCCGGCAGACCACAGGGAAAGACUAAAGGAUCCCCUCCGUAUCUGUGUCCAGACUGCAACCAGCGCUUCCAGUUUGAGUUUCCGUUUCUGGCCCACUCCAGAUUCCGCUGCACCAAGAGACUACAGAGCAUCAAUAGUGCAGACGAGGAUUCUAGGGACAAUGGCAAGCACGUGGACCUGGUACCCGCGAGGUCCAGCCCCAAGCUGGGCCGGUCAGAAGGGUACCCCAGCUCGCAGGACGGCAAGCCCUCCACGGACUUUCACAACUUGGCCAGGGAUCUAGAGAACAACAGGACGAGUCCGCCCAGCGACAAGGAGGCCGAGAUCAGGAGCGAGAGCACAAGCAAGAGGAAGUUCUCCGAGGUGGAGGAGGGCCGGGGCGGGAGCUUGCCGCAACCCGUCAAGUCCAAGGAGGACCUGGCGACCUCGGCGCAGCACUACCGGGGCGCCUACGGCCUGGAGGAGAACAGGCGGGCCUUCUCCCCCUCCAGCCCCGAGCCGACGGAGAGCAAGCGCAGCGCCUUCACCGAGGUGAAGAAGGCGGCGCCCGGCCUCAAGCACGGCGCCAAGAACCCCAGCUCCAACGCGGAGAACAAGGACGGCGGGCGCCCCGGCGGCAGCCCCGCCGAGAAGCACAUGAACAUGCGGCAGGUGCUGACGGAGACGCAGCCGCAGUCCCGCAUCGAGGGCUCCCCCAUGGGCAGCGCCUUCACCUCCGUGCCCCAGCAGGUGAGCGGCUCGGAGAGGAAGAGCGCCUUCAGCCAGCCCACCCGCUCCUUCUCCCAGCUCUCCCCGCUGGUCAUGACCCCCAAGCUCCUGCCCACCGUGGACUGCCACCCGGCCGUCGGAGACACCAUCUCCUCCAGCAGACUCUACCAGGCCGACCACCUGGCCGCCAAGCUCCAGGGCUCCGAGCUAGGCAGCAACUGCUCGGUUCCCGGCGGCCUCCCCAAGCAGAGCCCCUUCCUUUAUGCAACCGCGUUCUGGCCAAAGACGUCCGGGCCCAUCCAGCUGCAGAUGCCCUCCGCCCUCACGCUCCUGCCCCCCUCCUUCACCUCGCUCUGCCUGCCCGCGCAGAACUGGUGCGCCAAGUGCAACGCCUCCUUCCGCAUGACCUCCGACCUGGUGUACCACAUGCGGUCCCACCACAAAAAGGAGUACUCCAUGGAGCCGCUGGUGAAGCGGCGUAGGGAGGAGAAGCUCAAGUGCCCCAUCUGCAACGAGUCCUUCAGGGAGCGGCACCACCUCUCGCGUCACAUGACCUCCCACAACUGACUCCGCUGGCGACCGAGCUUGGGUUUUUUUCCUCCUUUCGUUGGCGUUUGUUUGAGGGAAUGGCAGAGCGGCUCAUUUCGUGACAGUUUCCCAACUCGGGAUUACCAAUCCAACCGGAAAUACAGCACAUCCCUA